CCGUUUUCCCGUGGCGCGGCUGGUCCGGCUCUCCGGCGGCGACGCUUUCUCGGGAGAGGGCUCGGGGCCGCACAAAAGGUUUCGAAGUUUGUUUUGUUUUGAUCUCUAUUAACCAGGUCCUUCAGUUUGCUGAUGUCAUUUCCUUUCAUAUUUGAGCUGUUUGUUGUGCCUCCCCCCGUCUCAGCUGGAGCCUACGGCGGUGCGGGGAAGUGCAGCCGCCGAGCAAGUUCUGGGUUCAAAGGCUGAGGGUCAAGUAGUGCCUUUCCGUCACUCUCGCAUUUGCCUGCUCGGGAAGGAGCUGCGAUCCCAGGAUCUGGUUAAAGGCUCGGGCAUCUACUUUCUGUGGCCUGUCCAUGGGCUGCCGUGGCAGGCGAUGAUUCAUCUCAAUUUCCUUUUCUCUCCCUCGCUCCCCGUCUUAAUGUCUUUAAUACUCUCCUCUGUCCCUCCCUCCCUCCCCCCUCCAAAAAAAAAAAAAAGUUCUAAUGACGACUUCAAUUCACUUGCAAAUCUGAGGCCAGCAUUAGUGGGGCUCCCGCUGUGAAAAGAAGGAAAGUGUUGCAAGGCUUUUUCCCUUAAUUUCUUUCCUCGUCUUCAUCUCCAGUUUAACAUUUUUAAGUGGUUUUUUCCUCUCCCUGGUCAGCCGGCUGACUCGGAGAUAGGGAUCCAGUUUUCCUGAUGUUACUAAUAUUACCGUCCAGCCCCGCUCUCCUCCGUGAGCAGCCUUCGGUCAGUAACAAAAGCAAACAAAAGAAGCAGAAGGGAGAAAAAGAAACUAAUUGUGCUAACUGCAAAGGUGGUGCUUCAUUUUAUUUUAUUUUAUUUUAUUUAUUUUUUUAUUUUUUUUUAAGGUCUGACUGUACUAGGAAGAGUGGCCAUUAGGAACUUUGCUUCAGCUUUUCUGCAACCAAGCUCUGGUGAAAAAUGAACCAGCACUGACACUUGGCUUGAUGUGACACCCCCGGGUAACCUCUUUCACUUUCCACGGCGCUGGCCUUUUGUUCCCGAAGAACUGAGCUAAGGUGCUUUUCAGUCAGACCAAAGGCAGCACAAGAAGUCUCCGCGUGUGCUUGGCUCCUUUGGAUGGCCUUCUCGUGGUUAUUGUCAGAGCCGAGUCUAGCAAACAAUCACGCUGGUGAGACACAAAAGCAAAAACAUUUGUCCAUGGUUUUUAAUCUCUUCGGUUUAGAAUUUUUUUUCUUCUUCUUCUUCAAAUUUCGCAGUUUGUUUGUGUCUGGGGAGAGAGCAGUGGAAUAGCACGGAGCAGAUUUUCUCUGGGCCUGGCCAGCAGUUGAACAGCUUCAGCAGAAAUCGCUAAAUCCUCAACUGAUGGACAUAUGGCUGACUGCAUUAGUCUCUCUUAACGUUUGCUUCCACUUUUCAGCACAGCAGUUCUGGUAUCCCGAAAAGGCAGGAAGGGAAAUGCCAGGCUCCUGUGUUAACUUUCGGUCCAAGCCGUACUGGGUGCAAUGAAAGCUCCAUGCAGGCCUUACCAUGGAAGGCUGUGACUCGCCUGUCAUCUCUGGGAAGGACAAUGGGUGUAGCAUCCCUCAGCACCAGCAAUGGACUGAACUUAACAGCACCCACCUCCCUGACAAACCCAGUACUAUGGAGCAGUCCGCAACGGAAAACCACGGGCCCCUGGACAGCCUGAGGGCCCCCUUUAAUGAGCGCAUCCCAGACAGCACCAACUCAGCUGGCCCCAAUACGGAGUCCACAAGCAAAGAGGUCAGCUGCAACGAAUGCUCAGCCUCCUUCGCCAGUUUACAGACCUACAUGGAGCACCAUUGCCCCAGUGCCCGCCCACCGCCUCCGCUAAAGGAGGAGAGUGGGAGCGACACCAGUGAGGAGGGGGACGAGGAGAGUGAUGUGGAGAACCUGGCUGGUGAAAUCGUCUACCAGCCAGAUGGCUCGGCAUACAUUGUCGAAAGCGUCAGCCAGUUGAUCCAAAGCGGGGGAGCCUGUAGCAGUGGCAAUGGCAACAGCAGUGGGGCUCUCCCUUCGCUCUUUAUGAACUCUCUACCCAAUGCGGGGGGCAAGCAAGGGGAACCCUCCUCUGCUGCCCCCGUCUACCCACAGAUCAUUAAUACUUUCCACAUAGCCUCAUCCUUCGGGAAAUGGUUUGAGGGCUCAGACCAGUCCUUCCCGAAUACCUCAGCCCUGACGGGCAUCAGCCCCGUCCUGCACAGCUUCCGCGUUUUCGAUGUGCGACACAAAAGCAACAAGGAUUACCUGAACAGCGACGGUUCUGCCAAAAGUUCCUGUGUAUCCAAAGAUGUUCCCAACAAUGUGGACCUGUCCAAAUUUGAUGGCUUUGUACUCUAUGGGAAGAGGAAGCCCAUCCUGAUGUGUUUCUUGUGCAAGCUGUCCUUUGGGUAUGUCCGCUCAUUUGUGACCCAUGCAGUGCAUGACCAUCGAAUGACUCUAAGUGAGGAGGAGCGGAAAAUUCUUAGCAAUAAGAACAUCUCCGCUAUCAUCCAAGGGAUAGGCAAAGACAAGGAGCCCCUUGUAAGUUUUCUGGAACCAAAAAACAAAACCUUUCAACACCCUUUAGUUUCCACAGCUAACCUCAUAGGCCCUGGACACAGUUUUUACGGUAAAUUCAGUGGCAUUCGAAUGGAAGGUGAAGAGGCUCUCCAGGCCGGGACUGCCGGUGGAGCAGAGCAGCCACAGUCAGGCAUCUUGGCGCCUGGUGCCCUCUUGAACCUUGGUGGGCUGACCAGCUCGGCUCUGAAGACCCCAAUUACCUCAGUCCCCCUGGGCCCACUGGCUUCCAGUCCUACCAAAUCCUCAGAGGGAAAGGACCCUGGGGUAGCAGAGAGUGAGAAGCAAGAAAUGGGUGACCAGGAUAGCCUCUCGGAAAAGGCAGAGCCAGCUGAGGAGGUGGAGGAGGACGAAGAGGAGGAUGUGGAGGAGGAGGAGGAGGAGGAAGAGGAGGAAGAGGAAGAUGAUGAUGAGGGUUGCAAAGGACUGUUUCCGAGCGAGUUGGAGGACGAACUGGAGGACAGGCCCCAUGAAGAGUCUGGGGCUGUGGCAGGUAGCAGCAGCAAAAAGGACCUUGCUCUCUCAAACCAAAGCAUUUCUAACUCUCCCUUAAUGCCUAAUGUGCUUCAGACCCUGUCCCGGGGCACAGCUUCUACUAGUUCUAAUUCUGCUUCUUCCUUUGUCUUUGAUGGUGCAAGCAGGAGGAAUCAUUUAAGCUUUAACAGUGAGGGUGGUGGAGCCAGUGUGGCGGAGGGUGGCAGGAGGUUGGACUUUAUCGAUGAAAGUGCCAAUAAAGACAAUGCCACAGCACCAGAACCAAAUGAGAGUGCAGAGGGCGACGACGGGAGCUACAUCUCCCAUCACCAGCAUGCUGGCCCCCUCUGUGAGCUUGGGGGUGGGGAGUGCCCCUCGGGGAGUGGUGUGGAGUGCCCCAAGUGUGACACUGUCCUGGGCUCCUCACGAUCGCUAGGCGGCCAUAUGACCAUGAUGCAUUCUCGCAACUCAUGUAAAACGCUGAAGUGUCCCAAGUGCAAUUGGCACUACAAGUACCAGCAGACACUUGAAGCGCACAUGAAGGAGAAACACCCCGAGCCCGGUGGCUCAUGUGUCUACUGCAAAAGUGGGCAGCCACACCCACGGUUGGCACGGGGCGAGAGCUACACUUGUGGUUACAAGCCUUUCCGUUGCGAGGUCUGUAACUACUCCACUACUACCAAAGGCAACCUCAGUAUUCAUAUGCAGUCCGACAAGCAUCUCAACAACAUGCAAAACCUGCAGAACGGAGGGGGAGAGCAAGUCUUCAGCCACACCGCUGGGGCGGCGGCAGCGGCUGCGGCGGCGGCAGCGGCUGCGGCAGCAAACAUUGGUAGCACCUGUGGGGCCCCCUCCCCCACCAAACCAAAAACCAAACCCACCUGGCGGUGUGAGGUAUGCGACUACGAGACCAAUGUAGCUAGGAACCUUCGCAUUCACAUGACCAGUGAGAAACACAUGCACAAUAUGAUGCUGCUGCAGCAGAACAUGUCCCAAAUCCAACACAACCGGCACCUGGGCCUCGGCAGCCUGCCCUCGCCGGCUGAGGCUGAGCUUUACCAGUACUACCUGGCGCAAAACAUGAAUCUGCCCAACCUGAAGAUGGAGAGCACUUCCUCUGAUGCACAGUUCAUGAUGGGCGGAUUCCAGCUCGAUCCGACCAACCCUAUGGCAUCUAUGGCUCCAUCUCUAGUGGGCGGAGAGAUCCCCCUGGACAUGCGGCUGGGGGGCGGGCAGUUGGUGUCCGAGGAGCUGAUGAACCUGGGCGAGAGCUUCACGCAAACGAACGAUCCUUCCCUGAAGCUCUUCCAGUGUGCCGUGUGCAACAAGUUCACUACCGAUAACCUGGACAUGCUGGGGCUGCACAUGAACGUGGAGCGCAGCCUCCCCGAGGAGGAGUGGAAGGCGGUGAUGGGGGACUCGUACCAGUGCAAGCUGUGCCGCUACAACACGCAGCUCAAGGCAAACUUCCAGCUCCACUGUAAGACGGACAAGCACGUGCAGAAAUACCAGCUGGUGGCACACAUCAAGGAGGGUGGCAAGGCCAACGAGUGGCGGCUGAAGUGUGUGGCCAUUGGGAACCCUGUACAUCUCAAGUGCAAUGCCUGCGACUACUACACUAAUAGUCUGGAGAAGCUGCGUCUUCAUACAGUUAACUCCAGGCAUGAGGCGAGCCUGAAGCUCUACAAGCACCUUCAGCAUCAUGAGAGUGGGGUCGAGGGUGAAAGCUGCUAUUAUCACUGUGUCCUCUGCAACUACUCCACCAAGGCCAAACUGAACCUCAUCCAGCACGUACGCUCCAUGAAACAUCAGCGGAGUGAGAGUCUGCGCAAACUGCAGCGUCUCCAGAAGGGCCUCCCUGAGGAAGAGGAAGACUUGGGGCAGAUCUUCACCAUUCGGAAGUGUCCGACAGCUGAUGCUGAAGAAGCAGUUGAAGAUGUGGAAGGGGCCAGUGAGACAGCUGCCGACCCUGAAGAGCCUGCUAAGGAGCAAGAGAGUGGCAGUGACAAAGACCCGAGCAAAUGGACAGCACCAGCAGCCAGCCAAGCAGAAAAGGAGCUGACAGAGUCCCCAGCAUCCUCCAAACGCAUGUCAUUUCCCAGCAGCUCUGAGUCACCUCUGUCCUCUAAAUGGUCAAAAACUUCAGAGGAGACCAAACCGGAGCAGAUGUACCAGUGUCCGUACUGCAAGUACAGUAACACAGAUGUGAACCGGCUGCGGGUCCAUGCCAUGACCCAGCACUCGGUGCAGCCCAUGCUCCGCUGCCCACUCUGCCAGGACAUGCUCAACAACAAGAUCCAUCUGCAGCUGCACCUCACACACCUGCACAGCGUGUCACCCGACUGCGUGGAGAAACUCAUCAUGACGGUGACGACACCUGAGGUGAUGAUGCCCAGCAGUAUGUUUCUUCCAGCAUCCACUCCAGAAAGAGAUGGGAACCCCAAUGCCGAAGAGACGGGGAAGCAGCCUGAGCCCUGCGAGGAGUCGGGAAAGAGCCUCUUGUCGGCUGAGAACACAGAGCACGGCGGGGACCCCAAGUCGGCCUCUGCCGAUCAGAGCUCCACCAGAGAGGACUCUGGCUUCCUGUGCUGGAAGAAGGGCUGUAACCAGGUGUUCAAAAGUUCAGCAGCCCUCCAGACACAUUUCAAUGAGGUUCACGCCAAACGGCCACAACUGCCAGUGUCCGACCGGCACGUCUACAAAUACCGUUGCAACCAGUGCAGCCUGGCCUUCAAAACCAUCGAGAAGCUGCAGCUCCAUUCCCAAUACCAUGUCAUCAGAGCAGCCACAAUGUGUUGUCUUUGCCAGCGCAGUUUCCGAACUUUCCAAGCUCUGAAGAAGCACCUGGAGACCAGUCACCUGGAGCUGAGCGAAGCAGAUAUUCAGCAGCUUUACGGAGGGCUUCUGGUGAAUGGAGACCUCUUGGCGAUGGGUGAUCCCUCGCUGGCAGAAGACCACACUAUAAUUGUGGAGGAGGAUAAGGAGGAGGAGAGCGACCUGGAAGAUAAACAAAGUCCUACUGGCAGCGAUUCUGGAUCAGUGCAAGAAGACUCUGGCUCGGAGCCGAAGAGGGCCUUGCCCUUCAGGAAAGGUCCUAACUUCACCAUGGAGAAGUUUCUGGACCCAUCUCGCCCUUACAAGUGCACAGUUUGCAAGGAGUCUUUCACACAAAAGAACAUUCUUUUGGUCCAUUACAAUUCAGUUUCUCACUUGCAUAAACUGAAACGAGCCCUCCAGGAGUCUGCUACUGGGCAGCCUGAACCUACCAGCAGCCCAGACAACAAACCUUUUAAGUGUAACACCUGCAAUGUGGCCUACAGCCAGAGCUCCACCCUGGAGAUCCACAUGAGGUCUGUCCUGCACCAGACCAAGGCCCGGGCUGCCAAACUGGAGGCAGCCAGUGGCAGCGGCAAUAGUAACGGAGCUGGUAACACUGGGAGCAGCAGCAGCAGUAGUCUCUCUCUGGGCUCAUCCACACCGAGCCCAGUGAACACUAGUAGCUCCAAUGCCUUCACAACCACCAACACCAGUAACACUGCCACAGCACCGAUCCCCAGCUUGCUCAACCAGGUAUCCAGUGACAACGUGGGAAUCCCACCUUUAAGCAACCCCAUUAGCGCCAACAUCUCCCCUUCUGAGCCCAAGGAGGUAAACCGGAAGAAGCUGGCGGAUAUGAUUGCAUCCAGGCAGCAGCAGCAGCAGCAACAGCAGCAGCAGCAGCAGCAGCAGCAAGCUCAGACGUUGGCACAGGCUCAAGCCCAAGUCCAGGCCCACCUGCAACAAGAGCUCCAGCAGCAGGCUGCCCUCCUGCAGUCCCAGCUGUUCAACCCCACUCUCCUGCCACACUUCCCAAUGACCACGGAGACCCUGCUCCAGCUGCAGCAGCAGCAGCAUCUUCUCUUCCCGUUUUACAUCCCGAGCGCCGACUUCCAGCUCAACCCUGAAGUCAGUCUGCCCGUGACCAGCGGGGCGCUGACGCUGACGGGUAGUGGGCCGAGUCUGCUGGAGGAUUUGAAGGCUCAGGUCCAGCUCCCCCAGCAGAGCCACCCCCAGAUACUGCAGCAGCAGCAAGGGCAGCUUUCCCUCUCGCAGUCUCACUCGGUCCUUGUCCAGCAGAGCCAGCACUCGGAGAAGAAGAACAAAUCCAUCGUGAAGGAGAAGGAGAAAGAAAGCCAGAGGGAGAGGGACAGCACAGAGAGGGUGGACAGCAGCUCAGGGUCCAAGGAGCCUCUGCCUGACAGCCUCAAGCCCAAAGACAAGAAGGACUUUGCGCCGGGCACCAGCGCAGAGCCCUCCUUGCUGCCCCCACGCAUCGCCUCUGAUGCAAGAGGGAACGCUACCAAAGCCUUGCUGGAGAACUUCGGCUUCGAGCUGGUCAUUCAGUACAACGAGAACAAGCAGAAGGUGCAGAAGAAGAACGGGAAGACGGAGCAGGGCGAGAACUUGGAGAAGCUGGAGUGCGACACAUGCGGCAAGUUCUUCUCAAACAUCCUCAUUCUGAAGAGCCACCAAGAGCACGUGCACCAACACUACUUCCCCUUCAAGCAGCUGGAGAGAUUUGCCAAGCAGUACAGAGAGCAUUACGAUAAGCUGUAUCCUCUGCGGCCCCAGACGCCGGAGCCCCCGCCNCCGCCACCACCCCCGCCGCCACCCCCGCUCCCUCCAGCACCACCUCAGCCAGCUUCCACUCCAACCAUUCCAGCCUCUGCCCCGCCGAUAACCCCUCCGACGAUCGCACCAGCUCAGCCGUCUGUGCCGCUCACCCAGCUCUCCAUGCCGAUGGAGCUGCCCAUCUUUUCUCCGCUGAUGAUGCAAACGAUGCCGCUGCAAACGUUGCCUGCUCAGUUGCCGCCCCAGCUCGGGCCGGUAGACCCUCUGCCGGCAGACCUGGCCCAGCUCUACCAGCACCAGCUGAACCCCAGCCUCCUCCAGCAGCAGCAGAACAAGAGGCCGCGUACUCGCAUCACAGACGACCAGCUCCGAGUGCUUCGGCAGUAUUUUGAUAUUAACAAUUCCCCGAGUGAGGAGCAGAUCAAAGAGAUGGCUGACAAGUCUGGGCUGCCGCAGAAAGUGAUCAAGCACUGGUUCAGAAACACCCUGUUCAAAGAACGCCAGCGCAACAAAGAUUCCCCCUACAACUUCAGCAACCCUCCCAUUACCAGCCUGGAAGAGCUGAAGAUCGACUCGCGACCUCCCUCUCCUGAGCCUCAGAAGCAGGAGUACUGGGGUAGCAAGAGGUCCUCCAGGACACGGUUUACAGAUUACCAGCUUCGGGUGCUGCAGGACUUCUUCGAUGCCAAUGCUUAUCCAAAGGAUGACGAAUUCGAGCAACUUUCUAACUUGCUGAACCUCCCUACGCGCGUUAUAGUGGUCUGGUUCCAGAACGCCCGCCAGAAAGCUAGGAAAAACUAUGAGAAUCAGGGAGAAGGCAAAGACGGGGAACGGCGGGAGCUGACGAACGACAGGUACAUUCGAACGAGCAACUUGAACUACCAGUGCAAAAAGUGCAGUCUAGUUUUUCAGCGCAUUUUUGAUCUUAUCAAACACCAGAAGAAGCUUUGUUACAAAGAUGAGGAUGAGGAUGGACAGGACGACAGCCAGAACGAAGACUCGAUGGACGCAACGGAGCUCUUGACUCCGACCAGCUCCUCCUGCAGCACACCGAUGCCCUCGCAAGCGUAUAGCACCCCAACCUCCGCCGCUAAUGCAACCUCUUCAGCUUUCUUACAGCUCACCGCUGAGGCAGAGGACUCUUCCACCUAUACUUGUAAAGCUACAGAAGCUACAGAUGAGAAACCAAAGCAGCCUGAACCUCCCAGUACACAGCAAAACCAAACUCAAGAGAAGCAAGUGCAACCAAAGCAAGAGCCUCAGCAGCAGCAGGACCAAGGAGAACAGAAGACCAGUUUGACGCACCAAAAGCUCUCUCAGUUAUCCUCCCCCAGCUCAUUACAGCAACAGCCGCCCCUCCCACAGACACCCCAGUGCUCUUUGCCUCCGUCGAGUCCGAGCCCAUCUCAGCUCUCGCAUCUUUCCCUCAAGCCCCUUCAUACGUCUACCCCUCAGCAGCUGGCAAACCUACCUCCUCAAUUAAUCCCAUACCAGUGUGACCAGUGCAAACUGGCCUUCCCUUCCUUCGAGCAUUGGCAGGAGCAUCAGCAGCUUCAUUUUCUGAGUGCACAGAACCAGUUUAUACACCCCCAGUUCCUGGACAGGACGCUAGAUAUGCCUUUCAUGCUUUUUGACCCCAGUAAUCCACUACUGGCAAGCCAGCUGUUAUCUGGAGCCCUGCCCCAGAUUCCAGCCAGCUCGGCCACUUCGCCCUCAACACCAACAUCUACAAUGAACACGCUGAAGAGAAAGCUGGAGGAAAAGGCCAGUGCAAGCCCCGGGGAAAACGACAGCGGGACGGGGGGAGAAGAGCCUCAGCGAGACAAGCGGCUGAGGACAACGAUUACCCCCGAACAGCUGGAGAUCCUGUACCAGAAGUACUUGCUGGACUCCAACCCGACGCGGAAGAUGUUGGAUCACAUUGCACACGAAGUGGGCUUGAAGAAGCGCGUCGUGCAGGUCUGGUUUCAGAACACGCGAGCCCGGGAAAGGAAGGGACAGUUCAGAGCGGUGGGGCCGGCCCAAGCCCACAGGCGCUGCCCUUUCUGCCGAGCACUCUUUAAAGCCAAGACGGCUCUGGAAGCGCACAUCCGAUCCCGUCAUUGGCAUGAGGCCAAGAGAGCUGGCUACAACUUGACUUUGUCUGCUAUGCUUUUAGACUGUGACGGGGGGCUCCAGAUGAAGGGAGACAUCUUUGAUGGAGCAAGCAGCUUUUCCCACAUGCCGCCAACUGGCAGCGACAGUCAGGGUGUUCCCCUCUCGCCGGUGAACAAAAGCAUGGAGCUGUCGCCCAGAACGCUGCUUAGUCCGUCCUCCAUUAAGGUAGAAGGGAUAGAAGACUUCGAAAGUCCCUCCAUGUCCUCGGUUAACCUGAGUUUUGACCAAACGAAGCUGGACAACGACGACUGUUCUUCUGUCAACACUGCGAUCACAGACACUACAACUGGGGACGAAGGCAACGCAGACAACGAUAGUGCCACAGGGAUUGCAACUGAAACCAAAUCAACAUCAGGACCCAGCGAGGGUCUGACAAAGGCUGCCAUGAUAGCAAUGACUGAGUAUGAGGAUCGGUUGUCUUCUGGCCUAGUCAGCCCAGCUCCCAGCUUUUACAGCAAAGAGUACGAUAAUGAAGGUACUGUGGACUAUAGUGAAACAUCCAGCCUUGCAGACCCCUGCUCGCCCAGCCCCGGUGCAAGUGGUUCGGCCAGCAAGUCUGGAGAGAGCGGGGAUCGGCCAGGGCAGAAGCGUUUUCGCACUCAGAUGACUAAUCUCCAGCUAAAGGUUCUGAAGUCAUGCUUUAAUGACUACAGGACACCCACCAUGCUGGAGUGUGAGGUCCUGGGCAAUGACAUUGGACUGCCAAAGAGAGUUGUUCAGGUCUGGUUCCAGAAUGCUAGGGCCAAGGAGAAGAAAUCCAAGCUCAGCAUGGCCAAGCAUUUUGGCAUAAACCAAACAAGUUAUGAGGGACCCAAAACAGAGUGCACUUUGUGUGGCAUCAAGUACAGCGCUCGGCUGUCUGUACGUGACCAUAUCUUCUCUCAACAGCAUAUCUCCAAAGUUAAAGAAACCAUUGGAAGCCAGUUGGAUAAGGAGAAGGAGUACUUUGACCCAGCAACCGUACGUCAGUUGAUGGCUCAGCAGGAGUUGGACCGGAUCAAGAAAGCAAAUGAGGUUCUUGGUCUGGCAGCUCAGCAGCAGGGCAUGUUUGAUAAUACCCCUCUGCAAGCUCUGAACCUUCCUACUGCGUACCCGGCACUGCAGGGCAUCCCUCCCGUCUUGCUCCCAGGCCUCAACAGCCCGUCCUUGCCAGGCUUCACUCCAUCCAACACAGCUUUAACUUCUCCAAAACCCAACCUGAUGGGUCUGCCCACCGCAAGCGUCCCCUCGCCCGGCCUCCCCACGUCUGGAUUACCAAAUAAACAGCCCUCGGCCUCGCUGAGCUCGCCGACCCCAGCACAGCCCACGGUGGCCAUGGCCCCCCAGCAGCAGCAGCCGCAGCAGCAGCCGCCGCUGCCACAGCGCAAGGAAAAGGAAAGUGAGAAGAUUAAAGAGAAGGAGAAGGCACCUAAAGGGAAAGGGGAUUCCCUGCCGGGGCCCAAGAAGGAGAAAGGAGAGGCACCUGCAGCCACCCUGUCGGCCCCGCUGCCCACCAUGGAGUACGCAGUGGAGCCUGCCCAGCUUCAGGCGCUGCAGGCUGCCUUGAAUUCAGAUCCAACCACCUUGCUUACAAGCCAGUUCCUUCCCUACUUUGUCCCAGGCUUUUCUCCCUAUUACGCCCCUCAGAUCCCGGGGGCCUUGCAGAGUGGGUACCUGCAGCCCAUGUAUGGCAUGGAAGGCCUGUUCCCCUACAGUCCUGCUCUGUCGCAGGCUCUGCUCGGCCUGUCCCCCAGCUCCCUGCUGCAGCAGUACCAGCAAUAUCAGCAGAGCCUGCAGGAGGCAUUGCAGCAGCAGCAGCGGCAAGUGCAGCAGCAGCAGCAGCAGCAGCAGCAGAAGGUGCAGCAGCAGCAGCAGCAGCAGCAGCAACAGCCCAAAGGAAGCCAAACCCCAGUCCCCGCGGGGGCUGCUACCCCAGACAAAGACCCUGCCAAAGAAUCCCCCAAACAAGAAGAGCAGAAAAACGCACCCCGUGAGGUGUCCCCCCUCCUGCCCAAACCCCAAGAAGAGCCCGAAGCAGAAAGCAAAAGUGCGGACUCCCUGUGUGACCCCUUCAUUGUUCCAAAGGUGCAGUACAAGCUGGUCUGUCGCAAGUGCCAGGCGGGCUUCAGCGACCAGGAGGCGGCCAGCAACCACCUGAAGUCCCUCUGCUUCUUCGGCCAGUCUGUGGUGAAUCUGCAAGAGAUGGUGCUUCAUGUGCCCACUGGCAGCAGCGGCAAGGGCAGCGGCUCGUACCAGUGCGUGGCGUGCGAGAGCACGGUGUGUGGGGACGAAGCCCUGAGUCAGCAUCUCGAGUCAGCCCCGCACAAACACCGAACAAUCACAAGAGCAGCAAGAAACGCCAAAGAGCACCCCAGUCUAUUACCUCACUCUGCCUGCCUCCCCGAUCCUAGCACCGCAUCUACCUCGCAGUCUGCCGCUCACACAAACGACAGCCCCCCGCCCUCUCUGUCCUCCUCCUCGGCUUCCCCCCACGCCUCCAGAAAGUCUUGGCCCCAAGUGGUCUCCCGGGCUCCCCUUGGGAAGCCGCCUCCUCCUUCUUUCCCUCCUCUCUCCUCAUCUUCAACGGUUACCUCAAGUUCAUGCAGCACCUCAGGGGUUCAGCCCUCGAUGCCAACAGACGACUAUUUGGAGGAGUCUGACACGGAUCUUAGCCAAAAGUCAGAUGGACCGGCUAGCCCGGUGGAGGGGCCUAAGGACCCCAGCUGCCCUAAGGACAGUGGUCUAACUAGUGUAGGAAUGGACACCUUCAGAUUGUAAGCUUUGAAGAUGAACAAUAAAAAUGAAUUUAAAUAAAAAAAAAAAAUUAAUAACAAACCAAUUUCAAAAAUAGACUAACUGCAAUUCCAAAGCUUCUAACCAAAAAAAGAAAAAGAAAAAAAGAAAAAGUGUGGGUUGUUUUCCCAUAUAACAAUGCCGGUGGGUUUUACAUUUUUUUUUUUUCCUUUUAAUAAAAAAUAAAAAAAAAAAAGCUGUUACAUUUGUCCUUUUGAAGGUACUGUUGGUCUGGGAGACGAGUCUAUACUGCCUCCUUAAUGUCUUUGGAGCUUAAACCCCUUGUAUAUUGCCCUUUUUCAAUAAUGCCCCUCACUGAUAGCACAGCAGAGGCCGGCACGCACUGUAUGGGAAAGCAGCCCACCUUGUUACAGUUUUAAAUUUCUUGCUAUCUUAGCAUU